AAGAGCCUAGGUGAAGACAUCGGAAACCCACCUUCAUGGCGAGGCUCCGAUACGGAGGAUUACCAAUGUGCAUUCACCCACCACGCAAGCAGUCCAGUCAGAAGAACAAGGGAAAGAAGGACGAGGCGGCUGCUGCUUCGGUUAUUACCUUCACCUCCAUCACUCACCCGCUACGGUAAGACACCGGUAAGACCUGCGACAGUGGCGCAGGGGCUUGCUCACAAGACGAAUCUCUGAGUACCACACCCAAUCUAGUUCAUCCGACUCCGUUUGAAACAUGCAGAAGACUAUCAGAUCCGAGGCCAUCAACACAGUUGCGGCUGCUCACGCCAUAGCCGAAGAAAGACGAAUUCGAGGUAGUUUCAGUUCUGCAUCUCAAUCCUCAAAUAUAAAAUCAUCAUUCAAGCCAGUCAUAGAUGGAUCUGUCCUUAAAAACGACACAAGGCAGAAUUUGGCGAAGGAGCGCCGAGAAGAAAAGAAAAGACAACAAGAUGCCAACAAAGAAACACAACUGCUUGAAAAAGAAAGGAAGUCCAGGAUCCAGUAUGAAAAACUGAUGGAGGAAAAACAACGAAAGCUGAAAGAACAGAAAGAAAAGGACGAACAGCGGAGAAUAUCCGCAGAAGAAAAAAGGAAACAAAAAUUACAGGAGGAAAAGGAGAGAUUCAAAGCUGUUAUUUACCGUACACUGGAACGGAGCAGCCGUGUCGAUCAUCAAAAAAGAUGGUCGUGGGAAGGCUCUACAACCAUGAACCCUGAGACUAAAAAUGCUAAUAAACGUUCUGUAUCUACUGAAAAACUUGAACAAGAGAUUUCCGGUUUACACAAACAAAUGCCUAUGUCAUCUGCAGGUGUUCAGAAUUCUGUUGCCAAGAAAACAACAGAAAAGAGAAGUUCGUCUUUGAAUAGAAGAUCUAACAAACUGCAGUCACCUAUGGAAACAGAAAAAGUAGAAGAAAAACCAGGUGCUCGUCACCAGCAUACCAGUCUUUGGGAGAAUAAUUUAAUCAGCCGCCUGCUGGUCCCAACAAAAGCUUCAAUAGCCAGGAGCAAAAGUGCUGCUUCAUUGUUGGUCCCUGGAAAAGAAACCCCAGGCAACCGCUAUCCUGUACUACAGUAUGUGACCACGCCUCUGCGUGGCCAUAGCAGUGAUGAAUUGAAGAAUACCAUAGUGCUUCGCAAGUCAGCAAUGGCUGUGCCUCCCCAGGAGAAAGUGGGAGCACUCCCCAAGGCGAAGGUGGAGGCGCCCCCCAAGGCGAGCACGAGUAUGGAAGUGGCCUCCAGUGUGAAUGUGGGAGCGAUCCCCAAGGUGAGUGUGGAAGUGGACCCCGAGGCGAACAUGGAGGCGGCCCCCGAGGUGAAUGAAGCAACCCCCCAGGCAAGCAUGGAAGGGUCCGCUGAAGGGAGUGCGGAAGCAUCAGUUCAAGCAGGUGCGGAAGCACUCCCUGAUAGCGUGGAAACAUCCCCGCAAGUGAGCGUGGACAUGUCCCUCGAGGUGAGCGUGGACCCAUCCCCCGAGGUGAGCAUGGACUCGUCUCUCGAGAUGAGCACGGAUGCGUCCCCUGAUGGGAGCCUGCAACUGUCAUCUGAAGCAAGCGUGGAGGCAUCUACCAAGGCUGGUAUGGCAGCGUCCCCCAAGGCUAGUGUGGAAACGCUCCCCGAAGAGAGUGUGGAAGCAUCCCUUGAGGCUUUCCUGGAGGUGAGCGUGGAAACAUCUUCCAAGAAACCAGAAAUGGACAAACAGGCCUCCAACCCUGGUACAAAGAAGCGCCCAUCGUCACACAUACCAUGUUAUAAAUGGCCAUCUUCUCCUGCAAGUGGGUGGCGCCCGCCCUCUCCCAUCAGUGUUAACAGGCAAAUGCAGAAGAAUCGCCCCCCGUCCCCAUCACCCGUCAGGUCGUCAAAACAGUCACAACCUUCUCUCUCUUACAAAGUAACUCCUGUUCAGCGUAACCUACUUGCGCAAAAUGCGUUAGGUACUCUUGGAAAGAAAAGAGAAGCAGUUUCUAAAAGCACUAGCAGCUCUGAAGCUGUGAGCCAAAAGCAGACGGUCUGCGAAGGUAAGUUCCUUCACCGAGAAGUUUAUUUUGGCAACACGGGAAGUCUUAAGGUAGUUCAGAAACGGUCACCUUUGUUUUAUUCCCCAAUUCUGAGAACUUUAGGGUGUAAGCUUUCUUUUGAUGAAGAGAAUUUAGCCAAUCAUUGGCACACUGCUUACUUUUCCUUGCCAGAGCUUCUUCCCCCCCCCCCCCCCUUGUUGCAGAAAAUCCAUUUUUGGAACUAAUGUUAAAAGUACUGAUUAGAUGAGUGCAUUGCUGUAGGUGAUCCCUAGGGGUCCCUUCCAGCUCUGAUAGUGGAUGGUUCUGUGAAUG